CGUUUGCUUGGUCGUCGGUUCGUUUUGCUUUUUAUGUACUUGUGACUGUUCUUUGGAAAAGAGUCCUCCUCCUCUGCGGAACGAGACGAGAAGUGGAGAGAAGAACACAGACAGACAGUGUGUGCAAUCUCGCGGUGGCUAAUCCUCCGCUCUAUUCUGGUGUGUGAAGAACAAUCCGUGUGCUAGAAUGGAACAGAAUUCGAAUCGAUAAAAGUGGUGAAAGUGCGCGGGGCUCGAAAGUGACGACGUCGACCAGGAAAAAAGUGCAAUUUCUCUCUCGCUACAACAGUACUGCUCCCGUUCGUUGGGCACCCCCUCCUUUCUGCUUUUUUCCCCCAUUGGCAGCGAAGAAGGUGUCGGCGGCGGCGAAGAGCCCACCACGGAGAUAUACAGUUUUAAUGACUUGUGUGUGAGAUACAAUCGCAUCAUCAAAGGCAACAGCAGCAACAUUUCCAUUGAGCUGAGUUACUCAAACUCGGAGAGAGGCAAUAAACAGUGGCUGGCAGGCAGGCAAGCACGCACACACACUCACGAGGGCUUGUGUCAAAAAAGCAACAUUACAUUGUUGCCAGAGUUGCGGUGGGGCGGCUGACAAGGGCGAGAAUAGCCGCUGAACACUGCGCGGCGGCUUGUUUGUGUAAAGUGCGAACGCAGUAGUUGUCACCAACACAACCAACAAGGGACAAGCUGAAGCGCAGGGGUGUAAUCGUGGUGGUGAAUAAAAAUCGAGUUUCUCAAAAGGUGCUCUGUUGGACUGAAUGUGAAGGCAGUGACGGCAGAAAAGCGACACGCAUACUGACACCUUCUGACUGACUGUACAAAUCGUGCACCAAUACACACUUCGCGUCAAUCGAGCGAGAUCGAGAUCUCAGACUUAACAUACUUUCUAAAUAUAAUUGACUCUCGACGUGGGAAUCGAACGGACGGAUUAUUUUUGCGUUCCCGAAGUGAGCAAGAAGUGAAGUCUUUUUUAUGCCUCAAUACCCCGGUGGCUGUAAAUUAUCGGCGCAGGGUUGUCCUGAAGUGAAGCCUGGCUAGUGGUGUGGUGAAGUUGUAAGUGAAUCCAGUUGGAUAACGGAUCAGGAAUGUUGACCAAGUGGUGAAAGUGAAUCGAUUCUUCACUUUGAGAAAGUUUUUCAUCGAAAAGUAGGAAAAAGGGAAAAUUCUUCAAUUUUUCUUCGUCAUCUGUGGGUGUGUUGGUGUCUUCUGGCGGCGCGCGUUGGUGUGUGAGGAUAGGAAGGAAAAAAAAAGAUGCAUAAAUAUAGGCGGUCGAGAUCUAUCUAGCUGCGUGGAUAUGGAUGUGUGGGGAUCUCCCGCUAUCACGCCAGGUGGAUGUGUGCGUAUUUUUCGCAAAUGUCAAAUAUGACAACAGUGUUUUAGCUUGUUUUCCAUGUCCGCCAUUUUCUACCGUCGCCAUCGGAUGGUGAAAAUUUGCCAUCUAGUAGUCGGUGUCGACCGUGGUGAGUUAACCGUACCGAAUCCAGAAAGAGCCUACUACCGACCCGCGGUGAAGAAUUGAAAGAAAGCGCAGUGCAAAAGUGAAUAAUUUCCAAGCCUACUUCGGGAAGAAAUUUUCGAUUACUGAGAAGAGAAGGGUUCUCGCUUUCAAGUGCUGUAGGCGAAAAGAAGAGAGAGAAAGAGAGGUGUCAGUCUCGAAUAGAAAUUGGUGAUUGUGCAGUAGUGUGUGUACGUUCAAUGUACGCGAAUCCUAGUAUGGUGCAUGAAGUGAAUCGAAGCAGGGAGCAGCAGAGCGCAAUCUUACCCACACAGUAAAUAACCGAAGUAGUGUCAGCAAUAGCAGUGUAGAAAUUGUUUUUACCUCUCUAGUGAAAAUGUUAAGCAUAACAUAACCAUGACGCACCAGAAUCACCAAACUAACGGCGCAAGUUUGGAAGAUUGCCACACCAACUUUUUCGCCCUGACUGAUCUGUGCGGUAUAAAAUGGCGUAAGUUGGUUCAGGGUGAACGGCCGAAUGCGUCCAGCUACCCGCUGGACGAUCCGGUGCUCCGUUCCUACUCGAAAUGCCUCGAGGUGGACAUCCUGUGCGUGUGGCGCCGGGUGGCCGCCCCCAAGCCCGCGGAACAGGACCAGAAUGUGUUCGACAUUAGUAUACAGGGUCCGGUGACGGGCGGGUCGGUCAUCCAUCCGCCGCUAUCGCUGACGGCCGCCAAGGAGCUGUGGAUCUUCUGGUACGGCGAGGAGCCGGACCUAACGGAUCUGGUCGAUCCGGAGCUGCUCAAGUCUUCCGAAGGUGAAAAAGGCUCCUGGGAGGGUGGCCUGUCGUACGAAUGUCGGUCGCUUCUAUUCAAGGCCCUGCAUAAUGUCAUCGAACGAUGUCUACUCUCGCGGGAUGUCGUCCGCUUGGGCAGGUGGUUCGUGCAACCCAGUUCCAACAGCGAGCGAGUAUUUGGCAAGAGCUCUCUGCAUCUGUCGUUUUCCUUUGCAUUCUUCGUGCACGGCGACAGUACGGUGUGUGCCUCGAUGGACAUCCGGGAACACCCCCCGGUGCGACCGUUGAUGAUCAAACACCUCGAGGAAGCCCAAGCCCAGCAGGGCACCAGCAGCAACAAUAACAACAAUAAUAACAACAACAACAACAACAACUCUGUCAGCGACGUGAAACCCCGGUCCGUCAUACUGGCCCCAUUCGGUUUGGCCGCGACCCUCACUGGCCAAAGCUACAAGGCCAGCGAUCCUCAGACGCAGAAGGUGCUCGAUGACUGGAGCGCUUUCUACCCGAUCUCGAACAAAAACAUUAACCUAUCGGAAAGUGCCGACACGGUGCCGCCCAUCGUCGAGAUUAUGACCGGCGGUGUCAAGAUGCGCUACCCGUCCAAGUAUGUGCUAGUGACCGAUAUCGACGAUUGGUCACCACCACCGUCCAGCAAUGGUUCUCCCAGCUCGUCGCAACCGACGGUGGCAAAAUCCGCCGCCCCACUACCGGCAAAUUCCCUCACGGCAGCAGUGUCCAGCGCGCUGGGUGUUACCAGUGAUCUUAGCAGCAGCAGCAGCAGCAGCAAAAAGCUCCCAGCCGCGGAUGAUAGUGACAGUAGUAAACCGCUCAUGAACCCACCGCUAACGGUGCCGGAGUCCCCCUCGAACGAUCUCGGCAAUCAGAACAGCAUGUCCUCGGCGGUGAUCAACAACUCGCCGGCCGUCCUCAUACCGGAACGCGUCUGGCAGGACUGUAUCAUGCAUGCCACCCCGACGGUUCCACCGCCGCAGCAAUCGCCCGAUUCGGCGGUCGGCGAAAGUGGUGUGGUAGUGGCCAUCAAAACCGAACCCUCCUCGAAUGCAUCCUCCACGCCGACCUCUUCGUCGUCGUCGGGUAGUAGCAACAAUGAAAACAACUCAUCGAUGGCAGCGCAGGCAGCCCUGGUGGAUGCGAAUGCCAACUCCGUGUGGGAGAUUACCGAUCCCCUGGUCAAGGUGUCCUGUUCGUGCAUCAAGUGUAGAAAAUCGACCACCGGAACGGCCAGCGGUGCCGGUGCACGGAGCCAAGCGCAGCAGUCCACCACCACCACCAGUACCACCCUGUCCGGAUCCACUCCCGGGCGAGAUCCGACCUCCUCCGGUGGCGGCUGUCACUCUGGGUCUUCGUCCGGAAAGACCGGCUCCGGCAGGCAGUCCCGACCGCACCGAAUACCGUUCCACAAGAGACCACCUCCGUCGUCGCGGCAGCUCCCGUUCCGGUCGACGUCGGCGGUGGGGGCGUCUUCGUCUUCGUCCUCAUCGUCCGUUUCCCCACCCGGCGAUAGUCCCGAGUAUCUCGAGUCGGCUCAAAGGUCAACCCAAAACUGUGGAGCAGGUGGAAGUACGCCGUACGGUGGUCCUCCGUCCUACUGUCGCAACCCGCUCUCGAUUGGAGAAUCGCACCCGCUACCCUCGGAAGAAUCUCCGGCCAGUGCGGCCCCCUCGCCGAUGCAGCCGUCCUCGGUGUCGCAGCCGAUGUCGGUGCCAUCCGGUGAUCAGCUCAUAACCAUGUCACCGCACCCACCGGCAUCAAACAACCCACGCAGCGUGCAACCCGCAACGCCCGGUCUCGAUCAUCUGGACAAGAACACGCCGGCCCCGACGCCGACCGAUCAGCACGACAGCAAAAGUAUUACUGCCUCUCCGUACCACACUCCGUCGCAUCCGGGAGGGGUCCUGAGCGUGGAAGCACCCUCCUCCCAGCAACCGCAACAGCAACAACAACAGCAACAGCAGCAGCAGCAAUCGCAACAACCAUCACAGCAACUGGUGGGCAACAAUCUGAGCAGUACCAGCAGCAGUAGCAGCGGUGGAACGACCAACAGUAGUCCGGGGAACCUGCCGAGUGGAAUGAUGGGUAUGAAGAUCAAAUCGGAAGAGACGCCUUUCGGUGAUGGCAUGAUGCUCGGAACUGGUCCCAGUAUAUACAGCAGGUUGAAUCCGAUCAUUAACCAGAACCAAAUCACCAAGAGGGAGCAGGUGCUGCAGAUUCUGCAGUCGCUCAAGAGGCCUUCGCUGUCGUCCAGGGACUACGAAGGUAUGGUGGGCGAGGAAAGCCCCAGUACGUCGCAACUACUGUACGACUAUUCGGCAAUCGAUGCCUGGAUGAACCAUCCGGUCAAACGGUUCCGACCGAACGAGGACUCCAAGCUGGCUCUGCAGAUGCGAAGCAUGGAUCUGUACGCGGAUCAGAAGCACUCGGAAAUGUUUCUGCAGUCGCAGCAAAAUUCCGGACCAGAAGGUGCGAUGAAUCCCGCUCGGCAGGAUCAGCAAGACCCGCUGGCAUUACCGGAAGGGACGGAUCUCUCGACGGGAGCUCUGCUAAAUGAAAGCCAAAUCAAGACGGAAAUCGGAUGCGAGAGGCGAGACGGCGACGGUCCAAUGCUCGAAGCGCAUGAAAUCAAGAAGGAGAAAGAGGACGGAAGCUUGUUCACGGAACAAGGCCUUACACCGGCGCUGAACGAUUUGGAUCAGCUUUUCGCCGUCAGUGACAACUACCAUGACGACUCGGAUAUGAACGCCAACACGAGUCCUGCUUCGACCAAAAGUGGCGGCGGUUGCAUGGAGGACAUUAAAAGGUUUUCCGGAUCGGGCCACACCAUGAAUGCCGGUAUUCUAAGCCCUAAGGAGCUAUCUCAAAUGUUCCCAACGCCACCCAGUUUAGAGCACCAUCCCAAUUCCAGCCCCGGAGGAGGCGGUUGCAUGUCGGACGGUAUCGUGAUUGACACGAUGGUCGAAGCUGCCACUGCAAUCCCCAUCCUCGGUAGCCCUCAGGAAGAACCAAUCGACGACUGGUCCUACGUGUUUGUUCCGCCGCCCAUCUGCAAGUACGUGGGAUCUUCCAAGUACGCCCCGCUCCAGCAGCUUCCAAGCCAAUUGAUGCAACCGCCGGUGUCACUUCCGCUAACCUGCGUCUACAAAUCCAGCUCCCAGCUUCGCAAGGAGAAACAGGAACGCGAGAAACUCAUCAAGCUACGGGAACUUCAAGAACAGCAAGAAGCCCUCCAGCAGCAGCAGCAGCAAUCUCAAUUGGAGAACAUUCCACCGAAUGCCGGAGCAGUCAGCAACCCUGUAAUCAAACAGGAAACACCACUUACCGUACCGCAACCGCUCAGCACACCAAAUUCCCUUAACUUGAACGGCGCAGGUCAUCCGUACUCGAACCCAUCUUCGCAGGGACCACAGCCUCUAUCGAGGCCACCAUCGGUCAAUUCUCUCCCGGGAGGAAUGAUGGGUUCCGGGGCCAACAUGUUGAGUCCCUCUCCCAUACACAAUGGGCUCAUUAACAACAACAUGUUCCAUCCGGGCAUAGGAAUGAACGUUCCCCUACGGCAAGGAAUGUCUCCCAUCUCUCCUGCCACCCCCGGCGGCUGUACUCCCGGCGGAGGCAACUCAAUGCGAGUGCCCACUCCUCAAGGAUCCUGUCCGCUACCGUACCCUUCGCCCAUCAGUGCCAGCGGAGGUUCCAUGACCAUCGGUAACAACCUCGGCAGCCCGAACCCUCUCAAUCCGAUGAGCUUCCGGCGAACGCCGAUUCUUCCACCUCCACCGUACGAUGUCGCCGUGGCAUCACCAGCUACCUCCACCACCUCGUCUUAUAACAACAAACAGUUUGGACUGGACGACGGACCGGCAACGCCUUCCGUGGCCGGCGGCAAUGGUACGCCCUCCCAGCGGAUAGCCAUCGAAACGAGUGCCCUCCUGGUGAACGUGCUCCUGUACGACACUUCGCUCAAUAUCUUCCGCGAUCACAACUUCAACAGUUGUACGCUGUGCGUGUGCAACGCGGGCCAGAAGUGGGUCGGGAACAUCCGGGGGGCCGAUUCCGGACCUUACCUAGCGCUUCCGGGAACGACUUUCCUCGGCAUUGGAAAGAACGGUUCGGCCAGCGGAAGCAGUAGCGAACGGGAAGCAGCCAAAUCAACGCCCUCCUCCGUAUCGCAGUUUAAUGGGAACAAUCACAACAAUAACGGUGCCUUUGGUAUGAUGGAUUCGCCUGCCGGUGGAACCGGCGGAGGCAGUUCAGCCGUGGUAGCCAUCAAUACGAACAACUUGCAGAAUGGUUACAUGGACGAGGAUCCGAUCAAGUGUACGUGCGGUUUCAGUGCGGUGGUCAACCGAAGGUUAGCCCACCGGGCGGGUCUAUUCUACGAGGACGAGCUGGAGAUUACCGGAAUGGCGGAAGAUCCAGCAGUGCAUAAGAAAAAUUCGCUGCUCCAGUUCCUGCUUGGCAAGGGCGACUACAGCAGCAGCGGUAUCAACUGUGAUAUUUCACCGCUACCGCUCCGGAUCAUGGAUCUACUGCGGCAGCACUGUGCGGUCAUUCAGAGUUCCAGCAACUCUAUCCACCGGGCCGUAGCUCGGUUCCAAAGUGCAAUGACGGCCAAGAGCUUGGCCAACGCUACCGUACAUAUGCUCGAGUAUACCGAUGCCAACGAUGUAAUCAGUUUGGCACUGGAACAGAGUCGAUUGCAGGCAAUUAACGAGAAUAAGAUGGAGGAUGGCGCCCUGGUCAAAUCAGGAGGACUGCUGCGAGGCGUGAUGAAUGUACAUAAAUGGCCGUACCUAAGAGCGGGAGGACCCAAGAGCAAUCAGGACAUUGUUCGGAUAAUGAAAUCCAUGCAACCUCUGCUGCAGGAUGCCUUCCACAAAAAGUGCACUACUCGGUUAUGGGACGCACCGUACACGAUACAGGGCCCACUUACCUGGCGUCAGUUCCAUCGGCUCGCCGGACGAGGCACCGGUCAAUGCGAACCGCAACCCGUUCCUUCUCUGGUCGUUGGCUACGAAAAGGAUUGGCUCUCCCUGUCCCCAUACGCCAUCCAAUACUGGGACAAACUGCUUCUCGAACCGUACUCCUACCCACGGGACAUUGCCUACGUCGUAGUCUUACCGGAUAACGACUAUGUCGUGGCCAAAGUGAAAUCCUACUUCAAAGAACUCAGUACAACGUACGAAAUGUGCAAACUUGGUCGGCACAAUCCCAUCAAGGGAUGGGACGGAAUCCUUCGGGUCGGCUCGAAUCGAGUGCUCAAGGAGACGCAAAACUCCAGCAUGGACGAGUGGUUCACCAGCAUGGGCGAUACCCGGUUAAGUGAAAUGCUCCGACUGUACGCACAAACAUGCCAACAACAGCUAGCUCCGUACCUGUCCAAAGUACCAUCGGACAAAAGCUUGCUUGAUCCACCGGAAAACCACAACGUUUCCGCAUCGGCUCACUCCCUCGCCCUGGCACAAGCCAGUUCCACACCCAACCGGGAUGGUCCGGGUCAGAGUCCGAUGCCACCACCUCCGCCCAGCACACCGGAUCCGUCACAACCGGGCGAUAAGGCCCCUAGCACACCAAAGUCUGAUAAUGAUCAAGACAACCGCGAUAACCUCAACACGUCGAAUUCGACUCCGGCGGACCGGAUGCAGCACGAGGACGACGGCAAGGAACCACCGCACAUCGUACUGUACAUGGUGGAACCAUUCACGUGCGGAACGGACGCACCGGAAAUCGAACGCCUUGCCUGCCUAUCGCUGCUCCGGUGCUACUCGAACAUUCUCAGCACAGUGCCGGACUCGAUCCGGAGCAACAUCAGCGUACAGCUCAUCUCGCUGGAAAACAUCAUGGAGCUGGGCCGAAGCCGGAACCGGCUCCGACUGAGUGACCACAUGCGCAGUCAGGCGUUAAGCAUAUUCUCGCAGAGUCGCCGCUACAUGCAGCACCUGAACAACGUCAAGAGCCUGACCGGGUUCGGAACGGCCGCAAACGCCGAACAGUUCAUGAAAAACAAGGACGAAAAGAAUCGGGCAGCGUACAAACUGUACACCCCGCCGUACGUGCUGGCCAAGUUGUGCGAGAAGAAGGAAAGCUCGGAAUCUUUCGGCCAGACCAGCAUAAAGCAGCAGUGUUCGAUCAUGUACUGCAGUUACUGCUUGAGCGAGGACCAAAGUUGGCUUCUGGCCGUGGCGACGGACGAUCGGGGAGAGUUCCUGGAAACGGUGACGAUCAACAUCGACAUUCCGAACCGGGUCCGACGGAAACGAGCCUCCGCUCGGAGGUUGGGCCUGCAGAAACUGAUGGACUUCAUCCUGGGACUGAUAUCACAAACGGUGCAACCUUGGCGUAUUGUUAUCGGCCGUAUCGGUCGGAUAGGACACGGCGAGCUCAAAGGCUGGAGCUGGCUGCUGAGCAAGCAGAACCUGCAGAAGGCAUCCAAGCACCUGAAGGACAUUUGCGAGCAGUGUUCACUGCUGCAUCCGGUUUCAGUGCCGAGCAUCUUGAGUGCCUGCUUGGUAACACUGGAACCGGACUCGAAAUUGCGCGUCAUGCCGGAUCAGUUCACACCGGACGAACGGUUCAGUCAGCUGUCGAUGCAGUCGCCGUUGACGACACCGCAGGAUGUGACUUGUACGCACAUUCUGGUGUUCCCGACCAGUGCGAGGACACAGUCUGCCCAGUCAGCCUUCGUGGCGGAGCACAUCAACGACGAGCUGGGACUGACGCUCGACGGGAAUCUCGACGAUCUGGGCCUCGGUGAGGACUGCGACGAGGACGGUUUGGACGAUUUGUUCGACAAUUGGGAAGAUAUAGAAAUGCCACAGCAGAUACCGGAGGAUUCGCGUCAAGGGAGUCCGAUUGGGAACUUCGAAGGACAACGGCAAAGUCCGGGCGAUAGCGGAUCGAACUGUGCGCAGAAUCUCAACGGCUACAUGGCUCAGGAGCCGGAAGAUUUCGGUUCCCUGGCCCAGCAGCCGAUGGCCAUCGGGUAUCUUGUGUCCACAGCCCCGACCGGCCGGAUGCCCCCGUGGUUCUGGUCCUCCUGUCCGCACAUGGAGAACGUCUGUCCGGUGUUCCUGCGGAUAGCGCUGCACCUGAACAGUUUCCAGAUCCUCCAGAACAAUGACGACCCGAUGAUGCAGUCCCAGUCGACGACCGAACACCCGCUGGACUCGAACAUGACGGCCGACGUGCUGCGGUUCGUGCUCGAAGGCUACAACGUCCUGUCCUGGCUGGCCAUGGAUUCCAACACCCACGAUCGGUUGUCCUGUUUGCCGAUCCACGUGCAGGUGCUGAUGCAGCUGUACCACAUGAUGGCCGCGCUGGCUUAAACAGUGUUGUUGUUGCGGUGCGGAACGUUCUUUUGCUUAAGGUUUGGGGGAGAGGAAGAACGCGAUAAUGCCGGUUGGCGACGAUUAUGGAGAUCUUCUCCCCGUGCUGUCUGUGAUAUUAGGUAAUGCGGUGUAGGCAGGGGGAAAUCAAAGCAGGCUGAGAUCUAUAGGCGUCGAAAAUGGGGGGUACGCAGAGGAGAGUGCCCGAAGAUGGUUCAAAAUUUAAAAGCGUAGGGAUCAAAGCAAGCUAGCGUAUUUUGUGUGUGUUAAAGGAACUUUUUUUUUUUAGAUAAGAAUAGUGAAGAAACGAGAAAACGGCCAAGAUCUGGUUUUACAAGUUUUAAGUUGUAUUAAUUUAUUGAUUUUGUUUUUUUUUCGUUUAAAGUCCCAAGACAAGUAUUCCCGCUUGGUCAAUGCUAGAAACAACAAGUUAAUGAUUGUGGAAUUUGAGAUUGUUCAAGAUAUUUUGGAGCAGUAUUUUCAUUUUGUUCAAUUUUUCCCUUCUUAAGAAAAGGCAAACCGGAAAGGGAAAAAGAAACAACCUAAAGAGAUUAACGCGCUUUUAAGUGAAAUCAUUGGAUAGGGAACAUUGCAAUCUAAUAUUUUCAUUGUGUUUUGAAUACCUGUAGCGUUUAGAGUUUUAGAUAAGCCACGUGUGUAAAUAUAGUGAAAAGUGUCAAUUUAGCGCGAAAUGAGAAACAGUGGAAACAGUUUAGGGAAUUGUGUAAACACAAAUAUAAUAGCAUCAUAGGCUAGUGAAUGGAAGGCAGAAUGUACAUUCAUCAAGCACC